GAAUUCCCGUGCUCUGCAGUCUGCACACUGCUCUGCUUAGAGCUUGUCUCUCCUCUCCCUUCCAUCUGUCUCUUCUUCUCAAUCCCCGCCGCUGCUCCUCAAUCCUGCCCGUGCGCCGCGGGAAGGUUCUGGAAGCUCUCCGGAGAUGAGGAGGGGUAGAGGACAUGGAGGAGGAGGGGUAUCCGCGUCCCUCGCCGCGCUGCUGUGCUGCGGCUGCGUCAUGGUCCUCGCCGGCGCAGCCGCCGCGCAGGGGCCCCGGCUUCCCUCCGCGUACAAAACCCUAAGAGGUGAUGCUCCACGAGUUGUGGCCAAAGGCGGGUUCUCAGGAGUGUUUCCCGACUCCAGCUCAGAUGCCUACUCCUUUGCGUUGAUCGCCAGCGCACCCGGUACAACUCUGUGGUGUGACGUCCAGCUGACAAAGGAUGGCGUUGGAGUCUGCCUUCGGGACAUAAACAUGAAUAAUUGCACCAACGUCGCCCACACUUACCAGGCGAGAAAGCGGACCUAUGUCAUCGAUGGCGUGCGGAAAAAUGGAUGGUUUGCUCUGGACUUUACCAAGGAUGAGCUUCAGUCUGUUUCUUUAACACAAGCAAUUUGGUCUCGCACCUACAGAUUCGAUUCUGUCGGAUAUUCUAUCCUCUCUGUCACAGACUUGCUGUCCAUUGUCAAGCAGCCUUCUGUUUGGUUGAAUGUUCAGCAUGACACCUUCUACAAAGAACAUGGUUUGAACAUGAGGAACUACAUACUUUCCAUCCAAAAGCGUGUAUCUGUGGAUUAUAUCUCGUCACCUGAACUUGGCUUCCUCCAAAAUAUAUCUGGAACAGUUCAUCGCAAAACAAAGCUUGUGUUUAGCUUUCUUGAUAAAUCCCUCUUGGAUCAUUCUAUAAACCAAACAUAUGGUUCACUUUUGAGUAACCUAACGCUUAUUAAGUCUAUUGCAUCUGGCAUAAUGGUCCCGAAGACAUACAUUUGGCCAGUGACAAAGGAUAACUAUCUACAGCCGUCCACAUCAAUUGUCGCCGAAGCCCACAAUGCAGGGCUGGAAAUAUAUGCCUCUGAUUUUGCAAAUGAUAGAAUUAUUCCCUAUAACUACAGUUAUGAUCCAUUGGCAGAAUACCUAAACUUUAUCAGCGAUGGUGGCUUCUCUGUUGAUGGUGUAUUGUCAGAACACCCUAUUACUGCAUCAGAGGCUAUUGGUUGCUUCGCUAAUCUGAAUUCAAGUGAGACUGGUCAUGGGGAACCCUUAGUUAUCUCGCAUAAUGGUGCUAGUGGAGAUUAUCCAGACUGUACGGACCUGGCCUACAAUAGUGCAAUUAAUGAUGGCGCAGAUGUCAUUGAUUGUCCUGUUCAAGUGACAAGUGAUGGAGUUCUUAUGUGCAUGAGUUCCAUUAACCUGCUUGAUACCACGAAUGUGCAGGGAACAACUUUCAGCUCUCUUAGUUCUGUUGUUCCAGAAAUUCAGGCUACAGCAGGAAUCUUCACAUUCAACCUUACUUGGGAUGACAUUAAUAGUAGCACCUUAAAACCCAAAAUAUCUUCCCCAGUGAGUGAUUAUUAUCUUGUAAGGAACCCAAGGUACACAAAUCAAGGGAAGUUUCUGAACUUAUCUGACUUUCUAGCAAUCGGAAUGGAUAAGGAUUUGUCUGGUGUCAUGAUCAUCAUUGAGAAUGCUGCAUUUGUGGCAAAGUCAUUAGGAAUUGACAUAGUUGAUUCUGUAAAUGCUGCCUUAAGUGCUGCUGGCUAUGAUAAUCAGACUACCAAGCAAGUUCUGAUCCAGUCGAAAGAUAGUGCUGUUCUUGUCAAACUGAAGCAGCAGAAAACAAAAUGCAAGCUUGUGUACACUCUCCCCUUAGGCAUUGGGGAUGCUUCUACUUCCUCAUUAGAAGCCAUGAAGAAGUUUGCUGAUGCUGUAGUUGUUGAUAGGAAAUCUGUUUUUACCUUAAGUCAAGAUUUUGCGAUCCGACAGAACAGUCUUGUGAAAGAUCUACAGUCAGCAGGGCUAGCUGUGUACGCACAGGUGUUCCGGAAUGAGUUUGUAUCACAACCGUUGGACUUCUUUGCAGAUGAAACUGUUGAGAUCAAUUACUAUGUUCAAUCAUUUAAUCUGUCAGGCAUCAUAACUGACUUCCCGAAGACAGUCAGAAGAUACAAAAAAAACACUUGUACAGGUUUGGGAAAUGACAUGCCCAACUACAUGCAGCGCAUUGACGUUGGCUCCCUUUACCAGUUACUUCAACCCUUCAAAGCCCAGCCGCCAUCUGUGCCGCCAAUGCCGACACUGAAUGCUUCAAGCGUGGAGGAGGCACCGCUUCCUCCUGUUGCGUCAAGAAAUGGGUCCGGUGGUUCCUCAAGUGGCGCCGAAACUCCUGGUGCGCCUCCUGCUGCUGCUCACAAGGCUACUGUAAGUACUGGCAUGCUGUUUGUAAUGGUUUUCACAGCUCUUCUGAUCUGAGCAAACCAUGAGGCUGUAUAGUAGGCUGAUCUGAGCAAACCUUGAGGCUGUAUGAUUCAGGCAAGCUUCGACCGAUGUUUUGGUGCUCCCAAGCACUUGUUUCUGUAGCUGUUUCAGUAUGUCCCUGCAUAUUCGUUUCCACCUGUAUAAAUUCCCCGGUAGAAAUGUUACACUAUUCAGCGAGCAUUGGUGUUAUACAUUGCUAAUGGAAGCCACAGUUCCUGGUGUUUGCACA